AUGAAUGGGUUCGAAGAAGUUCAUAACUUCCUCACCAGCUGGUAUGGGAUAGUUUUGGCUGCAAUUGUUGCUUACAAUGUUUUUGACUAUGUUAGAGUCAAGGUUGUCAUGAAAAAGUUAAAUUGUGUUGGACCCACUGUGGAGCUGGAUGGUUUCUUUGGAUUUCGUGUUAUUUUCACCUUGUUGAAGCACAAGCGUGAGGGAACUCUUGUGGACUUUCGUAAAGAUAUGGAAUUGGAUACUUUGAGAUUCAGGGUUGCUGGAACCCCAAUGGUGAUAACCAGAAAUCCAGAAAAUAUUAAGGCAAUUCUAGCUACCCAAUUUAACGAUUUUGUGUUGGGUGGUCGUCAUGAUCACCUUGGUCCAUUAUUGGGAGAUGGAAUCUUUACUUUGGAUGGCAGUGGAUGGAAGCAUUCUCGUGCGAUGUUGCGGCCCCAAUUUGCUCGUGAACAAGUAGCUCAUGUCAAAAGUUUGGAACCUCAUAUCCAGCUACUUGCCAAGCAUAUCAGAAAGUUCCAAGGAGAGCCGUUCGACAUUCAAAAGUUGUUCUUCCGGUUGACAAUGGAUAGUGCUACUGAGUUCUUAUUCGGUGAGUCGGUGGAUAGUUUGCACGAUGAAACCAUUGGAUUUUCCAAAUCUGCCAUUGACUUUGACGGUAAGAAUGAAUUUGCUGAAGCAUUCAAUACUUCACAGAUAUACUUGUCUAUUCGUGCUUUGGCGCAGCAGGUUUACUUUUUAAUCAACAAUAAAGAGUUUAGAGAUGCCAAUGCCAAAGUGCACAAGUUUGCCGACUACUAUGUGCAAAAAGCAUUGAGUUUCAGUACUGAAGAAUUGGAUAAAUACUCCCAGGAUGGUUAUAUUUUCUUGUACGAGUUGGCAAAGCAGACUCGGGAUCCAAAAGUGUUGAGAGAUCAAUUGUUAAAUAUCUUGUUGGCUGGUAGAGAUACCACCGCUGGGUUGUUAUCUUUCACAUUCUUUGAGUUGGCAAGAAACCCAGAUAUUUGGCUGAAAUUAAAGGAGGAAAUCUAUAAUAGAUUUGGUCUGGGAGACGAUUCCAAUCUUGAAGACAUUACUUUCGAGUCGUUGAAAAAAUGUGAAUACUUGAAAGCCUUGUUAAACGAAGCUUUGAGAAUGUACCCAUCAGUUCCUCAAAACUUUAGAGUUGCUCAGAAAGAUACAACUUUACCCACAGGAGGAGGACCAAACAGAGACCUACCAGUAUUUAUUCGCAAAGGUCAGACGGUCGCUUAUAUGGUAUAUGCUCUUCAAAGAGACCAAAGAUAUUACGGUAAAGAUUCCGAGGUUUUCAGACCUGAGCGUUGGUUUGAACCUGAAACCAGAAAGUUGGGCUGGGCUUUUCUUCCUUUUAAUGGAGGACCUAGAAUCUGCUUGGGACAGCAAUUUGCAUUGACAGAAGCUUCAUAUGUUAUUGCCAGAUUAGCCCAAUUGUUCCCAAACUUGGCUAGCUUUGAUGACGAGUAUCCACCAAGAAAGGCGUCCCACUUGACCAUGUGCCAUCAAAAUGGGGUUGUGAUUUCAAUGACAUGA